AUGCCCAUCUGGAGCUCCUCGUUCGUCUCCUUCUCCUCCUCCAUCUCCGUCAACGGCAAGGAGAACAGCCAGCGGUACGCAAAGCAGACACAGCGAUCGCCCGACGGCACAACGAUCAAGACCGCGUCUCAGAAGGGCGGAGGCCCGAUGUACACCGAGACCCUGCAGUACGAUUCCCAUGGACGCCCGAUCGUAGAUGGCCGCGCUCUGCGGAGCGGUCCAAGAGAAGCCGGCCGUAUCGAAGACGUGUCGGACCAGAAGUCGUAG